AUGUCGUUAGUUGCAUAUGGAAGCAGCGGCGAAGAAAGUGACUCGAGCGAUUCGGAGGAGGUUCAAAGCUCUCGUGUUUCUAAAGAACUGAUAAUUACAAAUAAUGAUGGCCAGGAAGAUGGGGAAAAGCUUACCUCCACUGGAGAAGGAAGAGAAGAGGAGAAUAAAACGGGUUUAGUUCUGCCGUCGCCCAAACAACUCAGUGAAACUUCAAAUUCUGUCAAAAGCAAGGGAAGCUUUAGCUUAUCAUCGUUUCUUCCUAAGCCCAAAAACAUCAGCAAUCGUGAGAAGGAGAGCACAGAUACUUCAGAUGAAAAACCUUCAAUCAGCUCAUCAGCGAUGAUGGAUGAUGAAGAGGAGAUUUUAGAGAUCGAAGAAGACUAUGAGCCUAUUGUAAAACGAACCAAAAAGAUUCAAUCAACUGAAAUUGAGGAUAAGCCAAAGUCUGUUGGAAGUUUGUUUUCUCUUCUCCCUUCUCCCUGGCAAGCUGAAAACUCUUGGUUAAAAUCUGCUAACCCUAAAGUAAAGGCAAAGAGUAAACAGACUACGUCUGAAGAGAGAGGUUCCAAACAACCUGUCAAAAUUGCUAUUCCCAUUGCCCCAAAG